AUGGCAAUGGGACCCAAACACCCAGACCCGGACGUUCUCGCGCCCUACUGGGACGCAUCAGCGGGCACGUGGCACCCUAUUUCGAAGCAGCCCAUUAGCGAGCCGAAAGUGUCGGAAAUUUUGGUGCAGAUGCGGGAUGUGAUGGAGUGGGAGAGGACCUGGAAGGAGUUGCAUUGGGAGUGUCAGUUGGAUGAUAAUCGGCUUGAGUAUUACGAGCAGCAGGGGGAUGGGUUGUGCCAUGGUUGUGAUGUGCCGGAGGGGGGAUAUUUUGGGCGCGCUUGGGACGUCAACCGGUCGACACGGCCCUUUGGCUCAAGAGACGGAGCUGAUGGUUCGCGAGGGAAUUAUGCACUGGCUGAGCUUGGAGAAGCGGGAGGAAUGGGUGCGGAACAUCAAGAAGCAGCCGGCGCCAGGCUGGAUUAA